GAAAGGCUGUACGGCAGAGAGAAACUGAAGGAGGGUCGCCCGCCCGCCAGCCAGCCGCCACGGACACACCGGCGAGCAGACCGACACACAGACAAAACUCCCCGCCUGCAAGAAAGGGAACUUUCCCCGCCAUAUAGAAGAAAGCAAAGGAGGGACACCUACAUAUUUCUAUUUGGACUCAUCCCGAGCUGCCAGACAGCCCGCUGACACGGCCAGGGUGUGACAGCAGCCUGUCCAUAAUCACAUCCCCUGGUCUCCCAAGCCAGCCAGCGAGGGAGCGAAGGCGUGCUUGUGUGUCUGCGUGUGUGUGUGUGUGUGUGUGUGUGUGCGCGCGUGCGUUCCCACCCCACCCCCUCCUCUCUCUCCUCCCCCCACCACAAAAGCCAGUCGCCAUGACGUCGGAGCUAGAGAGCAGUCUGACGUCGAUGGACUGGCUUCCGCAGCUCAGCAUGCGGGCCGCCAUCCAGAAGGCCGACGCCCAGGGCCACGCCGGACAUCUAGUGGGCGGAGUCGGCAAGAAGGGCGGGGUCGGGGGCGUCGGUAGCGGGGGCGCGCUGGACCCCCAUACUACCCUCGACCAGGAAGAGGCCCUACAGCAUAAAGACGGCAAGCCUCCCUACAGCUACGCAUCACUCAUCACCUUCGCAAUCAACUCAUCAGCCAAGAAGAAGAUGACGCUGAGCGAGAUCUACCAGUGGAUAUGCGACAACUUCCCCUAUUACCGAGAGGCAGGCAGUGGCUGGAAGAACUCCAUACGGCACAAUCUCUCCCUCAACAAGUGUUUCCUCAAAGUGCCUCGCUCCAAAGAUGACCCUGGAAAGGGCUCCUACUGGGCCAUCGAUACGAAUCCUAAAGAGGACGCUCUCCCCACGCGACCCAAGAAGAGACCCCGAUCUGGAGAGAGGGCCUCCACCCCCUACAGUCUGGAGCAGGAGUCUUUGGGAAUGGACUGCAUCAUCCCCGGAAGUGCCUCCCCCACCCUCGCCAUAAACACUGUGACUAACAAGGUGGCUCUGUAUAACCCUGAGCAAGAUGGCAGUGACAGCCCUCGCAGCAGCCUCAACAACUCCCUCUCUGACCAGAGCCUCGCCUCGAUCAACAGCUACACACCGGUGUCGAGCCACCCCGAGCCGCAGUCUGCCGUCCCCCAGCAGGGGCAGAUGCAGCAGGGGUCCCUAGCCCCCCAGGGCCAGGGGGCCCCCCAGCAAGGCCCCGGGGGCCACUACAGCAUCCCCGACCGCGACAAGCAGCUGCUCUUCUCCGACUUCGAGGACCUCAGCGCCUCCUUCAGGAGCCUGUACAAGUCCGUCUUUGAGCAAAGCUUCAGCCAGCAGGGUCUGAUGGGCAUGCCUUCGGACAACUCGGCGCAGCAGACACACACCUCGUGUUCCUACCAGCACUCCCCGAGCAGCAGCACGCACACACACACUCACAGCCACGCUCACACACACACACACUCCCACACACACCCCCACGGCAGCCAGAACAACAACAACGUCACCAACUCGCACCCCAACUCCAUCCCCACCAGCGGGAGCCAACUGCCCCUCACGCACACGCCGCACAACACACACGCCUCACACACCCAGCACCUGCCCCCCCACGCGCACGCACACACACACCCGCACGCACACAACCCCCACGGCCAGCACUCCGGCCACGCCGCGCUCCCCCCACACACGCAGCACAGCCAGCACACGCCACACUCACACGCCACGCACACACAUGCGCACACACACACACACGCCGGGCAACACGCGCAGCAGCAGCAGCACCAGGCUAUGGGGCAUCCCAGCCACACACAGCAGCAACAGAUGCCAUGCGGGAAUGUGCUGGGUGACUGGUAUCCCUCAAGUCUGGAUGCGUUGAAGGAGAGCUGUCGUAUCGCCAGUAGCUACAACUGGGCCGACGUGGACCUCAGCCCCUUCCAGGGUCUAAAGGAGAGCAUGCGUCAGGCAGAGUUGAGUAACUGGACUCUGGACUCGACCCAGAUAGCUGACCUCUGCUCCUCCAUCAACCAGUUCUUCAGCCGCACCGGCGUCAUCCCGCCACAAGGGGCAGUGCAGCAGAGCACACCCUGCCACUCAGCCAUGCAGCAGCACAGCAAAGCCACACAGCAACACAUGAACACAGGCAACAUGUACAUGGACAGCAGACAGAGCAUGUCGUCCAUGAUGGGCCCCCCUGGAUAUCCCCACAUGCCCCCCAUGGCCAACCCUGGCCCCCCCAUGAGCGGCCACCACCCCCAGGUGCCCCAUCCCCAGUCCCACAUGAUGGCGCCCUCUAGCUUCCAGAUGAGGCAACUGCCCCCCGACGACAUACAGGAUGACUUUGACUGGGACUCCAUCGUCUAAACACACACACACACACACCUCACACACAGUGAUAUAUACAUCUUUACAUACACACACACACACACACACACACACACACACACACACACACACACACACACACACACAUUCACACACACACCCAUACACCUAAAUACACACACACACACACACACACACACACACACACACACACACACACACACACACACACACACACACACACACGUUAAGUCCAGUUGAGCAGGCCAAGAGAGAGAUGGAGAGAGCUGCCUGCCAGCCAUUGGAGAUAAUAAUGGCACAAAAGAUGGAGAAAUGGAAAAUGAUGGACAGAUGGACAGACGAAUAGUUGGACGUGUAGUUGAACGGAUGGACAGAUGGAUGGAUGAAUGAAUCGAUGAAUUAAUGGACGAUGAACUGAUGAAUUAUGGAACUCUUAAAAGAAAAAAGAAAAAAAGAAAAAGAUGAGGCAUCUCAGACCUCUGAUGAAAAGAGAGAAGAAGAGAGAGUGAGAGAGAGAGUUGUGUGUGUGUUGGGGUUUUUCUGCGUAAACUAACUGUUCUUCUGGAGACAAUCACCUUAGUAGCUCUACAAUUCCCCCUCAUCUACUCUCCUCUCCUCUUCUCCUCUCUCCUCUCCUUUCCUUCUCCCUUCUCUUCCCCUCCAUUCACCUCUCCUUUCCUCUCCUCUCCUCUUCUCUCUACUCCUCCCCUACCCUCCCCUCUCCUAUUCUCACCUCACCUCCUCCUCUCCUCUCUUCUCUCAUCCUCUCCUCCUCUCUUCUCUCAUCCUCUCCUCCUCUCUUCUCCCCUCCCCUCCUCCUUUCUCCUCCUCUCUUCUUCUCCUCUCCUCCUCUCUUCUCUUCGCUUUGGUUCUGUCUGUCCUUUGUGCGUAUAACUUGUGUGGCCUCCUUAACCCUGCCCCUAACCACACCCCCUUACAUUCUGCCUCCGUCCCUCUGUGACCUGUCAGUACACACACACACACACACACACACACACACACACACACACACACACACACACACACACACACACACACACACACACACACACAAACUUGAGGUGUUCCCGGUGAGAACUUAAAUGUCCUGGUUUGUCGAGUACAGUACAAUGUGCCCCCCCCGCUCUCCCCUCCUGCACACACACACACACACACACACACACACACACACACACACACACACACACACACACACACACACACACACACCUAUGGGAUAACGAAAGCCCCUCUCACCUCCACACAUACACUCCUGGGAGCGGCGAUGUGUUGAGGCCAUAGCUGCCUAUAGAUGAGCACAAAAGAGAUGCACAGGGUUUGUGUGCGUGCGUGAGUGUAUGGGUGUUUCUUAUACAGAAUGAAUUUGCACAGGAAAGCGGUUGAAGAGGGGAUGGUUAGUGUCCCUUACGAAAUUCAACCAUGGUAAAUCAUGGUUUUAAUUUUUUUUUGAGCAUGGUUCAGCACAGUUUAUUUAAACUAUGGUUUAAUCAUGGUUUGAUUAUGGUUUAACUAUACCCUUACAAAAAUUAACCAUGGUUUUACCACGGUUUAUAGUUAUUCAUUAAAUUACACUUAGCUGAUGCUUUUUUUUAUCCAGCGUGCCCAUAGGUGACGGUCCUUGUCAACCAUGACGUUUGAGAGCAUUAGUUGUUAUUCUCUUGGUCAGACCAAGUCUCGAAGAGAUUCGUGAAGAGAAAUCAUGAUAAUCAGGCUAAUGAAAACUAUGAAUAAACAUGAUCCAUAGUAAAACUAUGGUAAAACCCCCAAAAAUCAUGGAUAAGCCAUAGUAAUACAAUGGUUGGUUCAAAGUACUUACAGUAACCAUGACAUCUCAUGGUAAAACAGUAAAAUGGUAAAUUUUAUAAAUAAAACCAUGGUCGAUUUUCGUAAGGGGUGUGAGUGGGUAACGGUUGAGUGUGAGUGUGAGUGUGUGUGUGUGUGUGUGUGUGUGUGUGUGUGUGUGUGUGUGUGUGUGUGAGUGUGAGUG